AUGUCUCUCUUUACCAAAACCAUAGCAAUUUGCAUUUUGGAAGUUUUAUUUCUUCUUACAUUAAACUGUUAUGCAGAUGAAAAUUGUGAAACCCUUCCAACAGAGAUUCACGUAACAAAAGAGGAAUAUGACGAUAUGGGAAGUUUAGUGAGAUCAUGCAGCGGAGAAGUUAGUGUCAACAAAUGUGAAGGAAUAUGCAACAGCCAGGUUCAGCCAUCAGUUGUUACACCCACAGGCUUCCUGAAGGAAUGUUUCUGCUGCAAAGAGAACUACCUAAGAGAACGUCUGGUAACACUGACUCAUUGUUAUGAUGCUGAUGGCUUGAGACUUGUUGAUGAAGACCGUGCUAUAAUGGAAGUAAGAUUGAGGGAGCCCGCUGAAUGCAAAUGUUACAAAUGCGGAGACUACAGUCGAUAA